AUGGCAAAACAAAUUCUUGUAGUGGGAAUAAAUACGGUUGGUAAAACGAGCGUUAUUCAAGGAUUAGCGGAAGAAAGUAAUACAAACAAGCCUUUGAAUGAAGAUGUGUUUCAUCAACCUGAAAAUAGAAUAUUGUUGGAAAGAGAAAAGCAUCAAUACUGUUUCAUCGAAAUGGCUGGUCUUGCAGAAGCGAUCAAAAGCAAAGAGGACGAAGAUUACAAGGUUAAUCUUCUGUACUCUUUAUUAGAAUUUAAAAAAUGUCAAAUAGAUCUGAUCAUCUUUGUAACACGUAGUGGUACGAUUCAUUCUAAUGAUCGAGACAUGUAUGUAUUGAUAGCAUCGAUCAUGCCCGACACACCUAAGAUUUGUGUUGUCACCGGUUGUGAGAACGAAUUUGAUAUGAAUCAGUGGGCUAAAGCAAAUGAAGCACAUUUUACGCGAAAUAAUAUGGUGUUUCAACAAAUUUUAGGCACAUGUUUUGGACGUGGCGGUCGUUUUGAGAAGGUUUUCGGUCCCUUGCGAAAGGAAUCCAGCAUACAUUUAUGGAAUUGCAUAAACAGUCUUCUAGAUGAUAAUGCAGCUAGUUCUGAUAUCAAAUCGAUAGAAGCAACCACAACUCCUGUCACCAAAACAGAUCCACAAACACCAGCGAAUUCAAAUAACAUAUACAAUGAAAAUAGUAACCCUAAAAAACGCUCAUUUUUUUAUUUUAAAAAAACACCAUCCUCUGUCGCGCAGCAAGUAAAAACUGAAUAA